AUUUUAUAUGGAUCGAUAUCUAACUUAUUAUUAUUAUUUCCCGCCAAUUGCGUAAUUUUGAUUUUCCCCAAUUUUCUACGUUCAAACACCCACCUAUAAAACCCCACCCCUCCCAUUUUCACAGUCCAAUGGCGCCGAGAAGAAGAAACUCUUCGCCUCCAUCAUCAGCUCCUAUCUCCGUUGGAAAUUGUGAAGUGAUUGUGCAGGCGAAAUAUUUCACUUCCGAAUCAAAUGGUGAUAGUCUCCAAAUCUCUAUUUCGAAAACUGCCAAAAUCAGUAUUUCAGUGGUCGGAAAAGCGAAUGACCACGACAAUGGUGGGGGCGGAGGACAUGAGAAAUCUGGUAAUUGCUAUUUUUUACUUGCUAAUCCAAAAGAUUCAACUGGCCGAACCAAGUCUCUCCUUCAGGAGGUGUUAACUCUUUACAUGAAAGAGCUACCUGCGAUGAAUUUUGCUGCCAAUACUGGAAAAGAGUCGAUGUUCCUUCAAAGAUGCGUGACUAAUGGGAAAUACUGCACCUUACUUCUGAAGUCCAAUGACGAAAGACAACAUGGAGAGGUCCUUGCAGCAAUUACUUAUCAGAUUAUUCCAGCUGAUACACAAUAUGCUGAGAUUCCUCUUGCUGCUGUUAACUCAGUCUUUCAGCACAAGGGAAUUGGUCGCAUGCUGUACUUGGAAUUGAGAGAGAGACUGCAGAGUGUAGGUGUUCAGACUAUACUAUGCUGGGGAGACAAAGAAUCCGAAGGAUUUUGGGUCAGACAGGGUUUUACAGUGAUUGGUGAGGUAGCAAAAAACGGUAGAGCUCGCAAACUCCCAAUCAAGGCCGAUAUACGAAAAGCACUCUGCUUUCCUGGUGGUUCAACCCUGAUGUUGUCUCAUCUUCUCAAAGAUAACUCAUCUGAGUCAGCAGAUCUACCAAAUCUAAGUUUAUCCAUGAAGCCUAUUCAACUAUCUAUUGGAACCAAAGAACUGAUGCAUGUAGCAGAGGGCCAAGGACCUUCUAAAGAAAAUAACCAGAUGGUUCAAAGUGGGUAUUUUGAAUCUGAUAUAUUAGGGACUUCAAAGCUUUCUGCUGAUGGGUGCCUGGAUGUAGGCAUUCAGCCAGUUGCAAUGAUAUGCAGUGUGCCCAAUGCUUCUGGAAAACUGAAAGGUCGAGGUGAAGAUGAUGAGGAUGGUUUCUCUUGUUCAGUGGAAGGAAAUAAGAGAAGGACGUGGGAAACCUCAUGCACCUCAUUGAUGUCAAAGAAAGUAAAGGGCACUCACUUGGAGGAUCACCAAUUAUCUUCUCACUCUCCUAGUUGGACACGUGAUGGCGGAGUUGCUAAUUAUUCUCUUGAUAGAAACUGCUCGUCAACAACUGGAAAUAAUUUUUUUCCUGAUACUUCACUAGCAAAUGAGAGUAAUAGCAUGCAUGAAAAAGUGGAACUUGGAGUCAGUAAUAUCCCAGAAUUCCCAUUUAGAGCAAAAUGUCAUAGAAUUAUGCUGAUGAAUAUUGCUGAUGUUGAUAAGAAAUCACAUCUUACCAAGAUAAUUGAAGAUCUGGGCGGAAUUGUCACUUCUGAUGGAAGUGCAAGCACACAUGUUGUCACUGGGAAAGUAAGAAAGACAUUAAAUUUCUGCACUGCUCUCUGUUCAGGAGGUUGGGUCAUCUCACCUGCGUGGUUGAAAGAAAGCUUCAAGAAGGGUAGAUUUGUAGAUGAGACGCCCUUCAUUCUGAACGAUGAAGAUUACAAAACUAAGUACAGAAUUGAGCUCAAGAGUGCAGUCCUUAGAGCAAGAGCCAAUCCCUGUGCAUUGCUCAAAGGUCUUAAUAUAUGGCUGGCAACUCAUGUGCAACCUCCCAUCAACACUCUGUCAGCCAUUGUCAAGUCAGCCGGAGCAAACGUCGUCCGAACACGGAAUGAGACACACGACGUAUCAAAAACCGUCUUUGUAGCGUGUGAGGAAGACAUGGAUGAAGCUGUAUCAGCUCUGAAGCUGGGGAUUCGGACAUUCAGCAGUGAUUGGCUUAUGAACUGUGUCAUGAAGCAAGAACUUGAUCUUGAUGCCCCUCAGUUUGCAGAAUCCCUUUAGAUUUUAUUAGGCUGAUAGCAUGCUGCAUAUAAAUAUAUGUGUAUAUAUGUCCUAGAGAAAGGGUAUUUUUGGAAAGCCAAAAUUAAUUUAGGUCUUCUUUCCUCCAAACUUGUUGGAUGAAGAAUUGAAGACACAAGUUUCAAUUUCCUCUCAAUUUCUUGAGUUAAAUUGGUUGUCACUUGUCAGUAUUAUGUCAUGGAUGACUGGAUGUUUUAUUUCAACCCUUGCAAGUUGCAAGUAAUUAUGUUGCUUGAUCA